AGAAAAAAAUUUUAGUGUAAUUUUUUGGUUAUUUGGUAUUUAAAAAAUAAAAAAAAAUUUGAGGUAAUUAUAAAAAAUAAUUUUGAAAAUUUUAAAAAUAUAAAAAAAUGGCUAUUGACACAACACUCGCACGAAUCGGUUUGACAUUUGUCAAUGCUGUGUUACAUUACAUGUUAUACAGAUUCGUUGUGUUCUUCAUAAUAACAACCAAAGACGGAGUUAUUAAAUUUUUAAAAAGCGUUUUCGAAAAUAAAUCGCAGAAACGAUCGAUCGGGACUUCUAGCAUCGAAUUGAUAACCCCCGCAAAUUCUCAAGCGAUAUAAUUUUUUUGAUACCGCGAUGUCUGAUCUUUUGAAUACAUUCACGACGACAAAUAGCAAUGACUUUAGAUGGCCUUACCAGAGACCGCUUUUGGCGAUACCGAGUCAACCACCUAAAUUUAUAAAUAAAAAUUCAAAUUUAUAUCAACCUCGAAUAGAUCCAGACGAAUGUAAAUGUAAUUAUCAUAAUAUUGAGACUGAUUUAACCAGAUAUAAAAAAUUAUUGGGUAUUGAACAUCAUCUUUGCAAUAAUGUCGUUAAAGUAAAUCGUGAAAUAACGAAAUUAGUCUCCAGUAUGUUAGAAAAUUAUGAAAACGAAGAUCAAGUUAUGAAAAGUGUUUAUCAAAUUGCUCAUGAAAAAGGCGCGCCGACAGAUUAUAGAUCACUGAUGGCAGCAGCUGAUUCGCCAGUCGGAUUCCCAAUAGAGCCAGAGGUUUUUGAGCUGAAAGAUGCGUACAGAGAUCCUACGAGAUUCAGAUUCAGUAAUAAUGAAAUACCUGACAUUCAGCCCGCGAAACCAAUCGAUUUCAAACGAGUGCCUGAAACUUUCGACAUGUGGAACAAACCGUUCAUUGGACGGUCCGAAUACAUGGACACCAUCAGCAAACUUGGGUCGAGUAAUUUGAAACACUACAAGCAGUACCUCGAGCCCUGUCCGUCUUCAAGACGUCGGUGGGGUGAUCAGAAUCUUUGAAAAAAAAAAAUAUAU